AUGGCGCCUGUCGUAGGUGCGGGGGAGCGCCUCGCGGCCAUGCACGGCUGGACGCAGCUCGAAGAGUUGGUCAGGGCGGAGGCCGUGGCCGCGAGGCCGCUGGCGGACCUGAAGGCGGGGGACACCGUCGACGGAACGGUCAUCGUCCGCAGGAAGAAGGGGGGCGUCUUCGUCGACAUCGGCAGCGAGGUCAACGCCCUGCUGGACGGGGCCCACCCGUCGCUCUUCGCCAGGCUCGACCUGCAGGAGAGGCUGGAGGGCCUGACGGUCGAGCGCGUGGAAGUCGACCAAAGAAGGAUCGACGUGUCCUUCGCUGGCCUGGCUGACUUCGUGGCCGACAGGCCGCCGCGGGGGUUCAAGGAGGUCGCCAGGAUCGAGCGCAACGCUGGAGAGAAGCUGAGAUCCAUGCGCUUGGACGGGAGCGACCUCCAACGGCACGAGUCGAAGGGCGUGAUGCUGAAGCUCGUCGGGGGGUUCGUCCUGGACUGCGUCGACGAGGAUGGGACGCUCACCCUUCUGCUGGAGGAGGAGGGGAACAAGUCCAGCGGCUCGAUAGAGGACCCGUUCCAGGGCUUGGUUGUGAAGCAGAAUCUGUUGGGCACCGUUCGAUCGAGGGUUGCGAACGGGGAGACGUGGGCAGAGAUUGGCGCCAAGAAGCUUGCCAGGAUAAUGGGCCCAGAGGAUUUGGUCAAACUGCUCAGAGUGGGGGAGAAGAUCGACAUGGUCAUCAAGACGAUCAAACGGAAGCAGGGGCUCGCCGACGUGAUCGUGCCGGGGCUCAAGGAUCGCGUCGCGGGCAGGGCUGCCAAGCAGACCCAGCUGAAAGACGUGGAGGUCGGAUCGCUCGUCACUGGCGUCGUCGAAGGGAGGUUCACGAGGUUCAAGGAUGGGUUCCGCGGGGGCACACUGUGGGUGAACUUCGGCGCGACGGUGGCGGCGCGGGUCCAGUGCCCAGGCCGCAGGGACUGGCAGAAGGCCGAGCUGGGCACCAAGCUGAAGUUCAAGAUCGAGAAGGUGGACCUGGACAAGUCGCGGGUGGAUGGUUUCCUGAAGUAUUAGGGCCAGCCGGUUCCAUCAGGAGGCCUCGCAGCCCUCUCCAUCGUGAGCCGUGCACGACGCUGCUCGGGGUCUUCCUGCCGGCAGGGUGGCCGCCCCGGCGCCCGGCGAGGCAGCCCUGGCCACAGGUCGGCGGCCCGUCGUGGCCGCCCCCCACAGCCUGGGCCCCCGAGCACGGGGGGCCACCACAUGCUGGCGGAUUUGUAAACAUGGAAAGGGUUUAGAAGGUUCUGGAUAGUCUCUUUCGCAGCCGGCGCGAGGACACAGAGCGCCUUCGCCGCAGGUGGUAGCGGCCAGUGCUGUAGACGAGUUGGUUAGACUAGGCGGUCUCAAUGUGCUUGGUGGUGCACGGUUUCGGCGCCUGGUUCCGCACGCCCUCGUGUAGCCACAUCACGCAUCCCUCUCCUAUUGGGGUUGCGGAUCUGCUUCGCCAUCUCAUUUCAAGUUGGUUCGUGAUGCCUAUCUCUUUUUAGUUGGCUCGUGAUGCCCACGGCACACGCACAUAUUUGCGAAGGCAGCAUCGACACAUGUGCAUGGGGAUGUGAAAACACACAA